GGGCGGGACUUCCGGUGCUCAACAUUGCGGCGUCCUGCUCGGCUCAACGCGUCUGAAGGAUGUCCAUGGAACAGGUGAGUGUCGGUGAGCUCCUGCUCUCAUUGGACAGUACGGACCUGCAGGAGGCGGAGCAAGGCAGGGAGGCAAUCAGCCAACAGUUGAAUUCAGACAGAGGAGGCGCUGUGCUCUGCAGCCUGGUGGACUGCUGCUUGAACUCUUCUUCGUCUUGUGAGCUGAUUCUGACGCUGCUCUCGUCCAUCCGAGAACCUCUACACAAGGCCCUACUGGACAAACUGAAUGAGGCGGUUUCCAGGCCAGUAAGCCGAUUGGCCGCCGUCACCCUGCUGGGUCACAUGAUCAGCCAGCAGCCGGCGUGGAUUCAUCACGUCAGCCGUUCGCCUCUGCUCGCCACGCUGCUGCGCUGCCUCAAGAGUGACAGUGACGUGAAGCUGCUGGUCCCUGGAGUACUGGUGAUAGUGAUGCUAUUACCCAUGAUCCCUCAGGCUGCCAAGCAGCACAUCUACGACUUCUUUGACGUCUUUGGACGCCUCGCGUCAUGGAGCCUCAAAAAACCUGGCCACACCCCCACGGUCCACGUGGUCCACCUGCAUGCUGGAGUGUACUCGUUGUUCCACCGCCUGUACGGAAUGUUCCCGUGCAACUUCCUGUCGUACCUGCGCCUGCACUUCAGCAUGAAGGAAAACCUGGACACCUUCCAGCACGUGGUUAAGGUACGAGACACCACCGGGGACUGCCGGAGAGAAGUGGAGACAACUGUAGACGUGUGUCCCAUGUUGGACCAGGUUCGUGUUCAUCCCGAGCUGGUGAGUGGAACUCAGGACUCUGAGGUGGAUCCUUCCAGGUGGCGUCACUACGAGGUCCAUGACAUUAUCAUGGAGUGCUCCCGGGUCUCCCUGGACCCUUUGGAGUCCUGCUGUGACGACCACAUGCCGGCCCACCUGGACCACACCUGUCCCCACGGCGCGAGCCGCAGCAAGGAAGGCGAGUGGACGCACACUUCCUGUCUCUCAGGAAGUGCGCUCGACAUUGACCACCUGGAUGUACAACUCGAUGUCACAUGGAGCCCCUCCUCAGAGUGUGGCUUGUCGACCCCGCCUCCGGAAAUGGCGGCUCUGAGCCCCGCCCACCCUCUGAGUAGAAACUCGAUUUCAGGUGUAAAAUACGGUACAUCGCCAGCUGUGGCCCCGCCCAUAGAGGAGAGUGCAGAUGGCGUCCAGCAUGCAUAUGUCUCCCAGGUCAGGCACCAGCCAAUCAGGAAGGAGGAGGUGGAGCCAAUGCAAGAUGAUGUCGUCACUGUUGAAGCAGACAAGCCUCUCCCACCGCAGCCUUCCUCCUCCUUGUCUUCCUCCCCGCCCGCCCUGGUUCUCCUCACCUCCACGCCCACCCGCUACCAAAUCCCGCCUGUUUCUGACCUAACCCCGCCGUCCCCACCUUGCUCCGGUUCGCCAUCUCCCGCCCCCUCGUAUGACUUCCUGUUCGAGCAUGCGCUUCCCCGCGCCGCCGCCAUGUUGUUUGUGAAGAGGAAGACUCAGGAGGUGCAGCGCAAAAUGGCGGCACACGAGAAGCAAAACGAGGAUGAUGACGAGGAGGAAGAUGAGCAGCAGGCCGCCGCUUCCUCCUCCUUGCACUUGUUGGAGCGUCUCAUCGCCCAUGGGAAUGACACGCACGCUAGCAUUAGCAGCAGGUCUUUGGCGUCCGGCAAGUCCGUGGAUCGCAAUCCUGGUGGAGGUAUACAACAGAGCGUGAAAAGCAAAGGCUGCGUGCAGGGGGAGGACGCGGAGGCGCUGCGAUGCGGCCUGCGGCUGGCGCAGGCUCAGCUGCAGUACGAGCGCUUCAAACGUCAGCAGCACGGCAUCAGGAACCGACGCCUCCUGCGCCGCGUCAUCAGUGCCGCCGCGCUGGAGGAACAGAGUGUCGCCAUGCGCGCUCAGCUGGCGGUGCGAGACGAGGAGACGAGGGCGCUGACCCGCAGCCUGGAGGCCGAGCGGCGGCGCUCCGCUCAACUGCAGCGGGAUGCGCACGCGCAACAGUUGCACGCGCACGUGCACCAGCUGCUGCGACAACGACGGCAACACGACAAGCAACACCUCGCCGUGCAGAGCGAGCUUCAGGAAUGUCAGGGCAGACUGAGCAAUUUGGAGGCGGAGCUUCAGAAGGCCAAUCACAAGGCUUACAACAUGGAGCACCAGUUGAGUCAGCUGUUAUUCAAGUUGGCAAGCAGUGAGAAGUUGCAGCAUCAGAUGUUUCUGCUCCAGCAGCAUUGCAUCCUGCUCAGAGAAACCAACAAAAGUCUCAUGCAGCGUCUGGACCUGCAGCAACAGCGCUGCAGCACCGAGGCGUCCGUGCCGCGCGGCGCCGCGGAACUCUCGGCCCGCGGCGCGGAGGCGGAGCAGCGGCACAGGCGCAAGCUGGAUGCGGCCAAUCACAGAGCGGCCGAGCUGGUGAAGCAAGUGGCUCACAAGGAGGCGCUAGUGGAACAACUUAAGAAACUUCUGGACGAGCACAAGCGGCGCAGCAGAGGUGAGCUGUCUGCGUGUGAGGCCCGAUGCACGGCGCUCCGGAAGACGGUCCAGACUCUGCAGAGCGAGAUGCUUCACCUCUACGGCACCAUGGACGCGCUCAGCAGGCCCGCCGCCGACGAGCCCGAUCUCCGGCCGUCCUCGUCCUCCGCGGAGGAGAUUGUAAAUGGCGGGGGCGCGUCCCGCCCGUCCGCUUCACCCCUCCUCCUCGCCGCCGCCUCGUCGUCGCCCGUCGAGUCCCCGCUGGCCGUCGGGUCCUUCCUGGAGCGGAGGGCGUGGCGGCUUUUCAGACCGCCCGAUCGCAAUCCGGAGGAGACGGAAUGGCGGGAGAAAGACCCGGAUGACGAGGAGCUGAAGGAAGAUGAGGUCCGGGCAGGAAGUCUCAGCGAGGAUGCCGCCCUCCUGGCAGGAAGCGCGCGGACGCGGACGUGCGUGUCGUCUCGGCCGACCCCCGCUGGCGACCCCGACCCGUCGCUCGCCGUCCGCCAGAGACGCCGCGAGCUGAGCAUUAUGGACUACGACGACACGACGCCGCGCGCGUGAUACGCGCCCGCUCAAUUCCUGGCGACGGCCGUUUUGAUUCUUGAGAAUGUGAACGCUAGAUAAUAAAGUUAUUGUACCA